AUGUACACCAAGGAAUUUAGAUGUCUGCUCUGCCAGUUGCUUAUAGCGCUGCUGUGCGUCGAGACCAUGGGAAGACUGAACAAACGUAAUGGAUUCUACUACAGACAACAGCAUCCACAACAGCAUCCACAGCCACAGCUGCAGCUGCAGCUGCAUCAAAUUGGCAGCUACUUUGAGCCCACGUUUCCAGGCUCUGGAGGAGAAGCGGGCAAGACAGGUUAUAGCAUUGGCAGCGGAUUACGUUCCAUAGCACAGGGAUCUGCGGAUCAGGCUUACAGUGCGGUGGCCAAUCAACAUGCAGCUGCCAAACAGGCGGCUUUUAUAGCCAAAAACACCUUGGCUCAGGCUGCCUCACAGGCAGCAGCAACGGCACAGGCAGCCCUCGCUGGCAAGCAAGUGAUUCUACAGGAAUUGGAGCAACAGGCAGCCGAAGCACAGCGUGCCCUCUCCCGCGAACUGGAGCAACUGAAGGCGGCCAAGUUGUCGGCCAAGUUGGCACAACAAACUGCUCAGGCGGCACAUCAUCACAUAUCCGUGUUAACUGCCGCGGUGAACAAUGCCAAAUCCGUGGCCGAACAGGCGGAACAAACCUCUACGGAGGUGUCCAAUCAACUGGCAUCGCAGGCAACAAUGGUGGGUCAGGCCAAAAAUCGAGUGGAACAAGUCGAGGAGCAACUGCACCAGGCGCGAGUGGAUUAUGCUGCCACCAAGGAGUCGGCCCUGAAGGCCUCAUCCUCGGCAGCUGCUGCCCAAGUAAAUGCAUCCAAGGCAGGAGCACAUGCAACAAUUGGUCUACACGAGAGUGCCAAUCAAAAGGAGCAUCGUCACGAGGAGGAUCUCGAAUCCUAUGACGAGCCAAUAGACACAAGUGGUUCGGGACACUCGGAUAACGAUGCAAUCGAGGAGCAUCAACACGAUGGCUAG